AUGGACAAGAUGCAGUCGACCACGGAGGAUGAUAUCGAAAAGGCCUUGGAAAAAGAGAUGGACAAGAUGCAGAUGAUAUCGAAAAGGCCUUGGAAAAAGAGAUGGACAAGAUGCAGUCGACGACGGAGGCAGGGACGAUCUCGAAAUGGCCUUGGAAAAAGAGAUGGACAAGAUGCAGUCGACGACGGAGGCAGGGUGAGCAUUCAGUUCUGUUGUUGGGUCUCGAAUAGGUUUCCUUUUGCAUAG